AGAAGAAGCCUGCCACUCCUUUGUCUCUGAUUGCCCCGUCCAGAUCCCACCAUGUAUAAGGAAAUUUGUACCAUGGCUUUUGUGCGGGCCAUCAUGGCUGAGUUCCUAGCCACCAUGAUCUUCGUCUUCUUUGGCCUCGGCUCAGCCCUGAAGUGGCCCUCGGCUCUGCCAAGCAUCCUACAGAUCUCCCUGGCUUUCGGCUUGGCCAUCGGCACCUUGAUCCAGAUGUUCGGUCACGUUAGCGGUGCGCACAUCAACCCAGCGGUGACCAUCGCGUUCUUGGUGGGGAACCACAUCUCCUUCCUUCGGUCGGUGUUCUACGUGGUGGCCCAGCUGGUGGGGGCCAUCACUGGGGCAGGCAUCCUUUACCUGGUGACCCCGAUCAACACCCGUGGAAACCUGGCCGUCAACGCGCUCAACAACAAUACAUCCCCAGGCCAGGCGCUGGUGGUCGAGAUCAUCCUCACCUUCCAGCUGGCAAUGUGCAUCUUUGCCUCCACGGAUAAACGCCGGACCGACAUCAUAGGCUCCCCAGCAUUGUCCAUCGGCCUGUCGGUCACCCUGGGUCACCUGGUUGGGAUCUACUUCACCGGCUGCUCCAUGAACCCAGCCCGAUCCUUUGCACCUGCCGUCGUAGUGACAAGAUUCAGCACUGCUCAUUGGGUCUUCUGGUUUGGCCCCAUCAUCGGCGCAGUCCUGGCCUCCCUGCUUUACAACUACUUCCUGUUCCCCUAUUCGCUGAACGUCUCUGAGAGGGUAGCCAUCGUGAAAGGCACCUACGAGCCAGAAGAGGAGUGGGAAGAGCAGAAGGAGCAAAGGACAAAGUCCAUGGAGCUGACCUCCCCGUAAGAGAUGGCUGGAAGGGAAAACCCAAAGAACAAGCCAAGACUCUCAAUCUGUGGCCUCACAACCCAAAGACCAAUAGUCUCUAUAUGCAAAAGAAGGGUGCAUGUGAUAUCUGUGUAUAUACCCUGCGAUUGUGAGGGUGACUGAUACAAAUAUUCCUGGCCAAAGAAUAGAGACCCACACCCAGAAGAAGGGGUCCCACCAACAUCGGCUCUAGGCCAGACUGGCACUGACCCCCUGCGCCUCAGAAAGUCUUGUCAAUGGCUAGGGUGUGCCAGGAUUUUUAGCAUUAUGCAAUUUGUGCCUUAACUACUUGUCUUUGUGACGAGCCCCAGAUCCGAACAUUUCCCCCGAUCCAAACAGUCCCAGACUCUAUCUUUAUUUUUUACUUUUUUGGAGGGGGGGGGGCAUUGGUGGAGGUGAUAACCUGGUCUGAAUUUCAAAGCCCACCUCAACCUGGUCUGAAUUUCACAGCCCACCUCAAAUGGGUGUGGGUGAUUUCCACUGAUUUUUCUUUAAUGCUCCACAGGUACCCCAACGGGGUGGCAUGCAGUGUUGUUGUAGCUGAGUUGGUCCCAUGAUAUUAGAGAGACAAGGUGGGCAAGGUGAUAUCUUUUAUUGGACCAACUUCUGUGGGUGAGAGAGACCAGCUUCCAAGCUACACGGAGCUCUUCCUGAAGAAACCCAGAUGUGAAAAACAGUUCUGUGCACCUCAAAAGCUUCUCUCUCUCAGCCGUUACCUCGCCCGUCUUGUCUUUCACUUACAGGGUCAACACAACAGGGUCCCCUCGUGAUCGUGGAUAAUGGGACUAUGGACAGUCCUCUGUAGGGUCAGGGAGCCAUUCAGUAGCUCUUUGUGGGGUGGGGUGGGAGUUGAACAAGGGUGGGUAUCUCUUAGAGACAGCCUGGCCUGAAGGGAUUGGAGCACCCAUUUCUGUGGCCCCAUAAUUGGUUUUGGGGGUUGGGGGCAAAUAAAAAGCCCAUGAGAAACAAGCACAAGGCCUUUUGGAUUAUUCAACUGCUGCUUUAGAAGAGUGUGACUAGGCCUCACCCCCAUGCAUUUGGUAUCAGGGUGGCUGGUCUGGGGGGCAGGGAGAUAUCUUGAUGAUAUUCCCUUCCCCCGCCCCACCCCUGCUCAAGCAGCUGAA